AUGCGGCGAGUCCGCAGCAGCAGCUUCUUCAGAGACCUGCAGCUGCAGCUGCGGCCCCCGGAGACAGCUCUUGGGGUGUACAGACAGCAGCUAGCAAGUGUGGGGCCGGGCCUUGUGUCUUACUUGGGGUGUCUGGACAGCUUGGGGCCGCAGUUGCUGCUGCAUGCGCAGCAGCAACUUGCUGCUGCUGCACCUGCCUGUGGGGCCCUGCUGCAGUCCCUUUCGCGGCAGCAGCCUUUUAAGAAAGAGGAGACACUUUUCCGCCGCAUGCAUUUGCUGCUCAGCAAGCUCAAGCUCAUCCGCGCCAUGCUGCUGCCACCGCAGCAGCAGCAGCAGCAGCAGCAGCAGCAGCAGCAGCACGAAGCAGCAAAAAGGCUGCUGCGGAAGACAAGCCGCAUUUGGCUGGAGGCUCUCUACCUCGGCAGGGAGGCAGCAGACGCCCUCAGCAGCAGCAGCAGCAGCAGCGAGCAGCAGCGGCACCGCAGGAGACUUGCUGCUGCAGCAAGGGACGCUGCUGCGCUCGACGCAUGCGCUGCAGCAGCAGCAAAGCUGCUGCGGCCCCACACAGCAGCAGCAGCACCUUUUGUCUCCUACGAUGCAACGCCGUCCCUUACAGAAGACGAAGUUUGCCUCAGACUAAGGGACAUGCCGCAGCAGCAGCAGCAGCAGCAGCAGCAGAGUUGGCCGCAGAAGCAGCAGCAGCAGCACCGGCAGCAGCAGCAGCACUUCUUGUCUUUUCUUACGCAGCAGCUGCAGCUGCAGCAAAACUUGUCUCGCGGCCUCAAUCUUACUAGUGAGCAGCAGCAGCUGCUCACCCAGCCUAUAAGCGCGUCGCUGCAGCAGCAGCAGCAGCUGCAGCAGCAACAGCGCAGCUGCUGCAGCAACAGCUGCAGCAGCAACAGCUGCAGCAGCAGCAACUCCAGCAGCAACAGCUGCAGCAGCAGCACCUGCAGCAACAGCAACUGCAACAACAGAUGCAGCAGCAACAGCUGCAGCAGCACUGGAUGCAGCAGCAGCAGUGGCUGCAGCAACAGCAGCACGACCAGCUCCAGCAGCUUCAAGAGCAGCACACCUGGAGACAAUUUUAAGAUAAUUUAA